AUGACUACAGACGUUGCCGAAGCACUGCCGCGUGGAAGCUCUGAAUUUGUCGAGAGCUCGGUGUUGGAAGCUGUCGUCCCUGCAAGUUCGAAUGUCGACAUCAAGAACGACAUCAAAUCUUGGGCUGGAACAACAGAUGAAAGUGGCUCCAUAUUGCCAUUGCUUUCGCAAAGAAAUGUGCUUUUACUUGCUGUGUAUAUCGUGUUCCGAACGCCACUUCUCGAGGAUGCCACAUUGAAGUCGUAUCUUGCAAGACUUGUCGUCAAAGUGGAGGCUUUUGCAUUCAGCACCACCCCGAUUCCCGAACAGGACCCCAAAGCUGGACCUCUGAAAGAACUUCUCUAUUCUGGUACCAUCAAAGAUACAGAUGAGCCUACAAUCGUCAACCAUGAAGAAGGAGAUGCCGCUCAUACCUAUGUCAUUUGGAAGGUGGAUAUCUUCAUAGCUCGUCCUCAGGGCAGAUUCCACAAACCUGCAGUAUACUUUCAGCCUACAGCAUCCUUCAAACCCACAGAAAGGCCCAAGCAAGAGAUUAUUGAAGACGAGUACCUUCCAAGCCUAGUUCCGACGCCGUUGAAUCUACUUCAGGCAUUUGAACAUGACCCCGCCCUUGUUGGUAUUCAUCCACGCCUUUCAGCGAUGCGGAUCAGCAAGGUCACACCAAACGCUCCGAUUGCGAGAGAAAUGGUUCGCCCUAUUCGACACGGGCAAAAGCCUCUGUAUCGUGUGCUACCACCGUUGAUCUGGAGAAUGAGAUAUUCAAAAAUCCAGACAUCAUUGAGCGACCUCUCUCUGAUGGCUUCUCUGGAUCUGGAAGUCGCUCAAUACGCUACGUAUGAUGUGAGAAUCAAAAGCGUUCGCUUGACUUUACAUGGUGGCAAGGUCAAGGAGUUGAGCCAUGACCAAGAUACGAUGAUAAGUCACAAGCCCGGUGACCAACUGACAUAUCUGUAUAAGAUCAGCCCGGAUCUUCGUCCUGACGGGACGCCUGCACUCGGGAGCAAGGGUCACUAUUUGACGCUGAAUGUCGAGGCCAAUGUCACUAUGAGCAGCAAUUGCCGGCCAGACAUUGCCAUUGAAUGGAAAACGCCUGUUGAUUUUGCACACGAACAGUCAUCUAGUUUGGUCAAGCCCAUUCAUCGACCGAGGAGUUCAACAAUUCAAAGCGUGACUGCAUCCAAUCCAGAUGCUCUUCCAGCUCCAGAGAUACAAGAUCAGGCUGGGCAGAUCAAUUCGAGCAACGACGUGGUCAGUAUCACUCUCACAGUAUCUGGGCCACCUAGUGUUCGGGUUGGCGAGAUAUUCACAUGGGAUGUAUUCAUAGUCAACCGAUCCGACAAGAUGCGGAGGCUGGCGAUCUUGGUCGUCGUGAAAAGAUCGAGAGAUGUCGAGAGGCACAAAUCACAUCCAUCAACAUCGUCUGCAGGCGGUCCUCGGGUAGACAAGAAAGAGUUGCUUGCGACAGCUGUGGUUGAUGAAAACGUCGUGUAUGCAAAGCAGAAGAGUGCGAGAAUGGAGACAGCGGAUCUGAUCUGCUUGACGACUGAUAUUCGCCUGGGGCAGCUUUCACCUGGCUCGUGCUACACGGCUGAUCUCAAGCUUCUUCCGCUUACUGCCGGUAUCUUGUCUGUGGAGUCUAUACGAGUCGUGGACUUGGUCAGUAAUGAAGCUGUAGACAUUCGUGACUUGCCCAGCAUUAUUGCCGUAGCACCAUAA